GAAGGGGGUUACUGGCGGAUAAGCUGUGUUGGCUCUGUAUUAUCAGCUAGUGGCUGCACAUUCGUCUGAUCUCUGGACCCUCAUAUUGAGCAACACAAGAAGAGGCAGACGGCUUUAAAAUCAGUCAGGAAAGACAAAAAGAAAGAGUAAUAACAGGCUGAGCUGUAACAGUGCGACGGGGAAACAGCUGUUGUCAGAUAGAGUUAAACAUUGACAGGGGCUCUGUGAGGUAUAGUGGUUGAGAGAACUUUUUAUCUAAAUGUUUUGGGGAGGAGUAUGAAAGAUUUGAGAGGGCGAGGGGGGGGGGUCAGAGAAAGGGGUCCGGCAGGGAGUAAUUGUGGUGACAGCCGGUGCAAGGGGACAAGGAUUCAUGUGAGAACCAGAGGAAUUAAAAUAUAGGGACAAAGAAGGAACAGAGAGGAAUUGGCAAACCCAAAACUGGACUUCAGUAUGGGUGUUAAGAGCAAGGCUGCUGCUGCUAUCGUAGUCCUGCUGCUGUUCCUCGGAUCCCUGUGGCUCCAGGGAGGUUUGGAUUACCACUGGGAUUCGUGUUUAAAAGGUUAUAAUCAAGGGAACACGCUUCACCAGCUGUACAACAGCAGUGGGGCCGAUGGGGCUGAGGGCCCACUGGUCAUCGAGGGGUGCCCUGGUCAGACCUUCCAGGUGUCGCUGCUGCUCUCCCACCUGCUGGCUGCACCUGCAUUCACCUCCGACGUGCUGCUGCAGCCGUAUCUGUCCAGCUGGGAUGAACUAGUGAAGUUUAUGGAAGCUCUGGGCCCGAUGGUGGGGCUGAUAUCUAAUGAGAUAGAAAGCAAGACGUCUAUAAUCCGCCAACUGGCCCUGUUGGCGGAAGGGAACCCUGAAGCAGAGCUGGGCCCAGAUAUACACUCAAUAAACAGUGAGAGCACAGAGGCUGGGACUAAUGAGGAGGCCUCAGAGCACACUAGUGCUUACCACUCUGUGCGCUCCAUGAUCUGGGUGGAGCUGGACCGAGGCUUGGUGGACUUCCACCACCAGACGGACUCUGGAUGCCGGACUCUUCUGCGUCUGCAUCGUGCUCUGCUCUGGCUGAAGCUUUUCCUGGAAAAGCUGGCUGAGACACCGGUGGCCGGUCGGCUAAGGAGCCCCUCUGAGCUUUGUCGCGAGGCCUACCAGAACACCCUUGCCAACCACCACACCUGGUUCGUACGUAGGGCCGCCGAGUUGGCAUUCAUCGCCAUGCCAGAGAGGACUUUCUUCUUCAGGCUGGUUUGCGUGCAGAACCAGGAGGAGAUGAGCACAUUGCUGAAAAGAGUGGUUCAGACCAUUGGAGAGGUUUAUGACAGGACGCAGAAAGCUCUGGAUGAAAAUGGCAUGCUGGACUUGCCAUAGAAAAGUUGGCUAUGAGACUUGAACAUAUUUUGCACUGUCUUCAUGGUAUCCUGGGCAUCACUGAAACAUCUAGCUACAAACGUGGUGUAAACUUGAAUGGACUUUUUACACGUGUCAUAUUUUCCUCCCAACCAAAGUGUUGCGUCAACAAUCAACGAUACUGAAAGUUAGUUUGCUUUUGGUCCAUGGACAUUCCUUAUCAAAUUUUAUGAGAUCAUGUUUCGACAUCUCACCUUAUAAGCAUUUUUUAAGGAAGCUGAUGAUGCAUUUAGGCUGACUGUGAAUUAUUUGAGCAGGUACACACAAUAACAUGAACACAACACCUGAAUCAAACCAUUGCAACUGCCCUGUUAUAAAUGCAGCAUUUGUUAAGUUAUAAUGUUCUUGAGACUGUCACAGGGGAGGUGAUACGAUUUGUGUUUUUUUGCCAAUCCACCAAUCCACCCCUAUAUGAUUUAUUUUUCAAGACUGGCUAGGUCUAGAUAAUUUAUAGCUCUUAAAUCUGGGACCAAUCUAUCCUGAUUAAAGAGGUAUUACACAAAAAAUCAUGACAAUAAGGUGCUCCACAGCAACUGUGGCAUGAGUGUGAAGAAUACAUUUCUCUGUUUUAUGUUGUAAAUGUUUGUAUUGUGUUCAGGAUGAUUAAAUGUCUUAAAUUAAAAAA